AUGAAAUCAACAUCUAUAAUUACUAUAAUAACCUUACUUUAUGCAACACUAAUUAAAGCAGCAGAUCAAUCAGAAGUUGCAUUUUUCACAGCCUUAGUUGGUGAUUUUCAAUCUCAUAAAACAGAUUAUAUAAGAUUUUUUGGUACAGCCACAGGUAUACCUGGAGCUUUGUCUACUUUAGCUACUCAAGUUUUAACAUAUACAGAUACUUCAUAUACUACAUUAUUAGAUUCAAAUCAAAUUAAUAUUGGAGAAGUUGAAAGUUAUGCAAGUAAUAUUCCUUGGUAUACUAGAAUUCAAUCCGAAGCUGGUGAAGGUGGUUCUUCAGGAUCAGGAUCCGGCUCAGGCUCAGGUUCAGGCUCAGGUUCAGGUUCGUCAUCAAGUCAAUCUACAAAUGGAAAUACAGGAUCAACAUCCGCGGCUGCUGGUUCUUCAUCAAAUGCCCAACAAGCUACUACGUCGGCAUCAUCGUAUGAUCCGCAAAAUACAGUAGAUUCAUCAAAUGCAGCAGUAGCAGCCGCAAGGUCUGCAGAUGCUGCUGAUAGAUCUUCUGCUUUCGGUACUACAUUAAGUAUAUCAUUAAGUUCAAUAAUUGGAUCUUUAGCUAUUGCUUUAUUAUAA